GAGUGGCCACGGGGCCGCCUGGUGGAGCGUUCCGGCCUGCGUCUGCCUGGCCUCUCUUCUUCGGCCUUUUCCCUAUACCCUUCCUGGAUUUCCUGCUGCCUGCCUGCCUUUCCUUGGAUUCUUCCCCCUUCCCUUUUCAGGUCUCCUCCAGCCCGGUCUCCCCCAGUUCUCCCCUAUCUGGCCUUCCACCCAUCCCAGGUCUCCCUCUCCAGGAUUUCCAUCUCUUUGCUCUUCCCCUGCCCCCCAUCGGUACCGGACCCUCCAGGUUCUCCGACCGUGGCCGCACCGAGUUCCGUUUGGUUUUGUAAACCCCCAUGCAAAUUCGCACGCUUUUCUCCCCACUGAGAACCCAGCCGUCAUGCUUUAAGACUGUUUUUUCUUUUGUUACAUCGCCCCUGUUCCUCUGGGUUUUGUUUUGUUACCACGUCAGCUGUUUUUACAGGUCUGGUAUCUGUAUGACACCUGCUCGCCCGGUGGGGUGACCGUGGCCACGUGCUGCUGUCGUGUCUGAGAUGCGGGUGCGAACACCGGGCUCAGAGGCUUAGUGUAGGAGCAGAGGGAAACGUCUCAGUAACUUAAAAUGCCGAGGACGUGUUGAAAUGAUACUUGGAGAUACUGGAUUAAAUACAGGGGUCCUCAGCCCUCCCCCACUAUCAAUAUUCCCCUCCAGAGUGGCACAUUUGUUACAGCUGAUGACAGUCCAUUAUUUUCAUCCAAGGUACAUGUCCCAAAGCAAACACGCAGAAGCCCGAGAGCUCAUGUACUCAGGGGCGCUGCUAUUCUUCAGUCAUGGCCAGCAAAACAGUGCUGCCGACUUAUCCAUGCUGGUCUUAGAAUCUCUGGAGAAGGCAGAAGUGGACGUGGCUGAUGAGUUACUAGGUCUGUUUGUGUCGUUUUCAGAAAAUCUGGCUCAAGUGUUUAGUUUGAUGGAUCCAAACUCUCCAGAGCGAGUGGCCUUUGUGUCCAGAGCCCUGAAGUGGUCCAGUGGGGGAUCUGGGAAGCUGGGCCAUCCCCGCCUCCACCAGCUGCUGGCUCUCACCCUGUGGAAAGAGCAGAACUAUUGUGAAUCUCGGUAUCACUUCCUGCACUCUACUGAUGGAGAAGGAUGUGCUAAUAUGUUAGUAGAAUAUUCUACCUCCAGAGGAUUUCGCAGCGAGGUGGACAUGUUCGUGGCUCAGGCUGUUCUACAGUUUCUCUGUUUAAAAAACAAAAACAGCGCAUCAGUGGUCUUCACGACAUACACACAGAAACAUCCGUCCAUCGAGGAUGGACCUCCGUUUGUACAACCCCUGCUCAAUUUCAUCUGGUUUCUGCUGUUGGCUGUGGAUGGCGGCAAGCUGACGGUGUUCACAGUGCUGUGUGAACAGUAUCAGCCAUCCCUUAGGAGGGACCCCAUGUACAACGAGUACCUCGACAGGAUAGGACAGCUCUUCUUCGGUGUGCCACCCAAGCAGACGUCUUCCUACGGUGGCUUGCUAGGGAACCUCCUGAGCAGCCUCAUGGGCUCCUCGGAGCAGGAGGAGGGGGAAGAGAGCCAGGAUGACAGCAGCCCCAUCGAGCUGGACUGAAGCUGCUCCCGGGCCUGCAUGGAGAUGCCCACGGCGACAGCUCAAGGGAUGGUUUCCGGUGCGAGUCCUGGAUGUGGCUCCUCACACCAGCAGGCUCCUGGCUCUGAGGCUGGCAGUGCCGAGUGUCGGUGUCUGUCUCUAUUUAUGUACAGCGGAUAGGGCUUUGUGGCCUGCCUGCCGCUGUGCGACUGGACUUGAGGGCGAGGCCCAGGCUUCUGCUGCUGACCGUGUUCCCUUCAGAUUGACCACAAUAAAGCACAGGCCUUACUGCGGCAUCACCCUGCCCAGUCCUUUGUUUCUAGUUCCUUUGGUGAGGGCUGAGGGGGGACACAAAGGUGGCCUGCUGUCAGUAACUGGACAAUCGCACUUGGCGUCUCCCAUACCUAGUGUCCAGCACAGCCUGCGGUGUGCCAAAAGAGGCUGUGGCCACUCACACGGGAACCGAGCCAGGCCUCCUGUGGUCUUACAAACUAGAGCGGUUUUCUUGUGUACCUUGUUUUUGUUUUGAGCACGGGGUUGUUCUGCAGUCACGGUGUGCUUGUCCCCAUUGCAGCCGGAGUGCAUGUGAGCUGUGCUCCUUGGAGGUGGCGAGCAGCUGGCCAGCCCAGUGCCCACACGGUGCUCAAGGCUGUAGCCAUGGGCCCACUGGUGUCCUGGUGUGGCCUGUGAGGUCACUCCAUGCGAAUCCCAUGGCCCUGCUGGUCUCUGCAAGCACCACCUUGCUGCUCUGGAAAUGUUUUUAAAAAGGGUUAUUGUAGAACUUUGCAUUUCCUUCAUAAUGCAGUAUUUAUUUUUCUGGGGGUGAUUGAUUCCUUUAACCUAACAUUUUAGGUUUUAACCAAAUAACCAGUCCGGGAACUAGCAGAUCUGUCCUUUAUCACUAUUGGAUGCUAUUCCAGAUGUUACCAGUAUAAUUAUAAAAGGGGAAACACUUUAUUUUUUCACAAUUAAAAUAAGAGUUGUAGAUUAAUACACAAUGAUCAUGCAUGGGAAGGGGGAAAUAUACAACUUUAUUAACUGUAAAAAUGGAAUUUAAAGGAAGGUUUGUGUUAAUUGUUGCGCAUAAAUAAAUCCUUUAUACUGGG